UCGGAAAGAGGAGAAAAUUCGCCGAGAAAAAUCCCAAAAUCGAACAGCGAAAGUCAAUUUGGCAAUGGAGGUUCCCGGUUCAUCGAAGAAGAUGAUCGCAACACAAGAAGAAAUGGUGGAAAACAAAGUGCCAUUAGCAUAUAGGGAUCAGUGCGCACACCUUUUGAUCCCUUUGAACAAGUGUCGGCAAUCGGAAUUUUAUCUUCCAUGGAAGUGCGAGGAUGAACGCCAUACAUAUGAAAAGUGUGCGUAUGAGCUUGUUAUGGAACGGAUGCUUCAGAUGCAGAAAAUCCGUGAAGAGGAAGCACGAAUGAAGCAAAAGGGACAUCAAUCCAUUCCUCUCAUUCCUAAGACUGCUAAUGUCUAGUUUUUU